AUGUCUAAUAUUUCACUGACGAUUCUAUCCCGUUCAUCAAAACCUUCGCACAUUUUCCCUUUAAAUUUAGAUUUAAAAGAGAGUUCAACUUUAUUAGAACUCAAGAAGGCUAUUCACUUGAAGCACAAGAAGUUAGACACCACCAGACAGAGGAUUACAACUGUAGAUAAAAAACCAUUAUUGGAUGAUAAAUCCAGCCUUAGUCAACUCAACGUAAAAAAUGGUGACGUACUUUACGUCAAGGAUUUAGGUCCACAAGUUAGUUGGAGAACCGUUUUCUUAGUUGAAUACGCUGGUCCUUUAUUCAUACACCCAUUCUUUUAUCACAUGUCUUCAAUCAUCUAUAGAAAGCCAUUCGAACAUUCAGAAAUGCAAAGGAUCGCAUACAUUUUGGUCUUAUUACACUUCUUCAAGAGAGAAUUCGAGACAGUCUUUAUACAUAGGUUCUCAAACGCAACAAUGCCUUUCAUGAAUAUUUUCAGAAACUCAGCCCAUUAUCACCUUUUAUCUGGUUUCCUUAUAGCUAUUGCAAUUUAUGGUCCUUGGUAUUCAGUUGAAGCACUCAAAGAUUCACAUAGAUCAAACAACGGUUACUUAUCCUUCUGGAUUGCAUUUUGGUUGUUUAACCAAAUUUCAAACUUCAUUACACACGUCAAAUUGCGUAAUUUGAGACCUGCAGGUUCAACCAAACGUGCUAUUCCAACUGGAUAUGGUUUCGAUUGGGUUACAUGCGCAAACUACUUUUUCGAAAUUGGUUCAUGGCUUGGUAUUUUAGGAUUGACUGGUUCCUGGGCUGUUGCUAUCUUCCUUCUUGUCAGUGCAGGUACGAUGGCUAAGUGGGCUAAGAAGAAGGAUCAAAACUACAGAAAGGAGUUUGGAGACAAAUACCCAAAGAGCCGUCGCAUUCUUAUUCCAUAUAUUUGGUAAUUUACUUGUUAAU